AUGACCACUAAAGUCAACGUGAAGGUAGUGGCCGCCGAGUCAUUGUAUAAACGUGAUGUAUUUAGGCAGCCUGAUCCGUUUGCCGUGAUUACUGUCGAUGGCGCCCAAACAAUCACCACGAAAACCGCUAAACGUACCCUCAACCCAUACUGGAACGAGUCUUUCUUACUCAAUGCGCUGGAAGACUCCAUUUUGGCCAUUCAAGUAUUUGAUCAAAGAAAGUUCAAAAAGAAGGACCAGGGCUUUUUGGGCGUGGUGAAUGUGCGUGUUGGUGACGUGAUCGACUUGUCGUUGCCUGCGUCGGAGGAGACCAUCACCAGGGAUUUGAAGAAAUCCAACGAGAACUUGGCCGUCAGUGGGCGUGUAAUCAUCGUUUUGAGCCAUAAUUCAAACGCAUCAUCGUCCAACGGCUCGGUGGCGGCUCCUGCCCAGGGAACCUCCUCCUCUGCUCGGGCGUCGAAUCCUGCUCCCGUCGCCUCUAAUAGUGCUGCUGCCGCUGCCAAUGCUGCUGCAACUAACAACGGCGGUGAGCUGUUUACAAAACAGUACUCAUCCUUUGAGGAUCAGUAUGGUAGAUUGCCACCCGGUUGGGAAAGACGUACAGAUAACUUUGGCCGUACGUACUACGUCGACCACAAUUCCAGAACUACAACGUGGGAAAGACCCACUCUAGAUCAGUCUGAGACUGAAAGAGGACAGCAAAGAGAAAACACAACUGAAGCAGAAAGAAGGCAGCACCGUGGCAGGACGUUGCCCGGUGAGACCCCACUGUCUCCUACGUUAGGUGCGAGCUCCUCGACGUCAAACAAUGGCAAUGUUACAGUCAAUUCCACGGGUGCCAAUACUCCAGUGAGUCCUGCUGCAGCUGUUUCAAUGGCGGCCACUGGUGGUACCACUCGUGGUCUCGGCGAGUUGCCUACUGGAUGGGAACAAAGAUUCACCAACGAAGGCAGGCCCUACUUUGUUGAUCAUAACACGAGAACUACAACAUGGGUGGACCCGAGAAGACAACAAUACAUACGUACUUUCGGUCCAAACACUACUAUACAGCAACAGCCUGUUAGUCAAUUGGGCCCAUUGCCUUCAGGUUGGGAAAUGAGAUUGACCAACACAGCCAGAGUUUAUUUCGUCGACCACAACACCAAAACUACCACUUGGGAUGACCCAAGAUUGCCAAGCUCCUUGGACCAAAACGUCCCCCAAUACAAGCGUGAUUUUAGAAGGAAGGUGAUUUACUUCAGGUCACAACCAGCAUUGAGAAUCUUGCCUGGCCAAUGCCACAUUAAGGUGAGAAGAGAUCAUAUAUUCGAGGACUCAUACCAGGAGAUUAUGAGACAAACUCCUGAGGACUUGAAGAAGAGGCUUAUGAUCAAGUUCGAUGGUGAAGAAGGUUUGGAUUAUGGUGGAGUCUCCAGAGAGUUCUUCUUCUUGUUGUCCCAUGACAUGUUUAAUCCAUUUUACUGUCUUUUCGAAUACUCGAGUCACGAUAACUACACAUUGCAGAUCAACCCUAACUCUGGCAUCAACCCCGAGCACUUGAACUAUUUCAAGUUCAUCGGAAGAGUUGUCGGUUUGGGUGUAUUCCAUAGACGUUUCUUGGAUGCUUUCUUCGUUGGUGCAUUGUACAAGAUGAUGUUGCGCAAAAAGGUUUGCUUGCAAGACAUGGAAGGUGUCGAUGCUGAGUUUUUCAGAUCAUUGCAGUGGAUCUGUGACAACGACAUUACAGACGUGCUUGACUUGACUUUCAGCGCUGAGGAUGAUAAGUUUGGCGAGAUUGUGGAGGUUGACUUGAAGCCCAAUGGAAGAAAUAUUGAAGUUACCGAGGAGAACAAGCAUGAGUACGUUGAGUUGAUCAGUGAGUGGAAGAUUCAUAAGAGAAUUGAAUUGCAGUUCCAAGCAUUCAUCGAUGGAUUUAACGAAUUGAUACCGCAUGAAUUGGUCAACGUGUUCGACGAAAGAGAAUUGGAGUUGUUGAUUGGUGGAUUGGCUGAAAUCGAUGUCGAGGACUGGAAAAAGCACACUGACUACAGAGGAUACCAAGAAACUGACCAGGUCAUUCAGUGGUUCUGGCAAUGUAUCAAGGAGUGGGACUCCGAACAGAAAGCAAGAUUGUUGCAAUUUACCACAGGUACUUCGAGAAUUCCAGUCAACGGUUUCAAAGAUUUGCAAGGAUCGGACGGUCCACGUAGAUUUACCAUUGAAAAAGCCGGCGAGCCGAAUCAAUUGCCUAAAUCGCACACAUGUUUCAACAGAGUGGAUCUUCCACCUUACACAUCUUAUGAAAGCAUGAAGCAGAAACUUACACUUGCCGUGGAGGAGACUGUUGGAUUUGGACAAGAGUAA